UGCUCUCUUCCGCCUUCAGUGCCCUGCUCAUCAAGGGUCUGGGUGAGGCCCCAGGUCCUGAGGAAGCCCUCGCUUGACUGCCCCGGGGCCCACUGCAGCCCCCAACCAACCCCGAGCGGUUUGAUAGUGCCCAGGGAAUGGUUUCCAAGGCAAUAGCAAACGGGGCGGGGCUUGGAACGGAGGACAAGGCUCGAGCCUAGGCAGGACCUUCCCGGGAGAGGAGGCGGCGACGCGGAGGGGAGGCGGGAUCAGGGGCGCUGGGAGGGCAAGCGCGGCGAGGGGCGCAUGCAGGCCCCCGACGCGCCGCUGCUCCUGAGCGCUGGGGAGCUGGGGCCCGGGCCCCGGGGCUCGGCCUCCUGGUACCGCCAGGGGGGCGGCCCGGUGUGCAACUGGCUGCGAAAGCCGCAGCCGCUCGAGCCACGCACCAGUUUCCCCUCGGCCCGCCGCUCCGAGUUCCGUCCACCCAGGAGGCUGCCAUGGCCCGGCCCUGCCUCCGCCCAGCCAGAGGAGGGUCACGCAGGCAGUAGAUGCCAGGCGGGCAGCCCCGCCCCUGCGCGCCGCCUCGGCCGCGCCUUCAAGACGCUGGUCCCAGGCACCCACGCCCAGGGCGCCGCGGAUCCCCGCCCCCUCGGCCCCCCGCACACCCGGGUCCUGGAUGACCCCUCUCCGCAGAAUGGUUUCCCCGUCCUCUGGCGAGGAUCCUCCAAGGCGUCUCACAUGAACCGGCUCAGAAACGCCAAAAUCUAUGUGGAGAGAGCUGUCAAGCAGAAGAAGAUCUUUACAAUCCAAGGCUGCUACCCGGUGAUCCGGUGUCUCUUGCGCCGGAGGGGCUGGGUGGAGAAGAAGAUGGUCCAUCGCUCAGGCCCCACUCUGCUGCCACCCCAAAAGGAUCUGGAUAGCUCAGCGAUGGGUGACAGUGACACCACUGAGGAUGAGGAUGAAGAUGAGGAUGAGGAGUUCCAGCCACCACAGCUGUUCGACUUGGAUGAUUUACUGAAAUUUGAUGACCUAGAUGGAACACACGCUCUGAUGGUGGGUCUAUGUCUCAAUCUCCGGAAUUUGCUGUGGUUUGAUGAGGUUGAUGCCAACUCCUUCUUCCCACGCUGCUACCGCCUGGGGGCUGAGGAUGACAAAAAAGCCUUCAUAGAGGACUUCUGGCUGACAGCUGCCCGCAACGUUCUCAAGCUGGUGGUGAAGUCUGAGUGGAAGUCAUACCCUAUCCAGGCAGUAGAGGAAGAGGCCUCAGGAGACAAGCAGCACAAGAAACAGGAGAAAAACCCAGUGUCGGUGUCCCCAGAGUUUGUGGAUGAAGCUCUGUGUGCGUGCGAGGAGUACCUUAGCAACCUGGCCCACUUGGACAUCGACAAGGACCUGGAGGCCCCACUGUACCUCACCCCCGAGGGCUGGUCCCUCUUCCUCCAGCGCUACUACCAAGUGGUCCACGAAGGGGCAGAACUCAGGCACCUCGACACUCAGGUCCAGCGCUGUGAGGACAUCCUGCAGCAGCUGCGGGCCGUGGUACCCCAAAUAGACAUGGAAGGGGAUCGCAACAUCUGGAUUGUGAAGCCAGGAGCCAAGUCCCGCGGACGAGGCAUCAUAUGCAUGGACCACCUGGAGGAGAUGCUGAAGCUGGUGAAUGGCAACCCCAUGGUGAUGAAGGAUGGCAAAUGGGUGGUGCAGAAGUAUAUUGAGCGGCCCCUGCUCAUCUUUGGCACCAAGUUUGACCUGAGACAGUGGUUCCUGGUAACUGACUGGAACCCACUUACCGUGUGGUUCUACCGCGACAGCUAUAUCCGCUUUUCCACACAGCCCUUCUCCCUGAAGAACCUGGACAACUCAGUGCACCUGUGUAACAACUCCAUCCAGAAGCACCUGGAGAACUCAUGCCAUCGGCAUCCACUGCUUCCCCCAGACAACAUGUGGUCCAGCCAGAGGUUCCAGGCCCACCUGCAGGAGAUGGGGGCUCCAAAUGCUUGGUCCACCAUCAUCGUGCCUGGCAUGAAGGAUGCUGUAAUCCACGCACUUCAGACCUCCCAGGACACCGUGCAGUGUCGGAAGGCCAGCUUUGAGCUCUAUGGUGCUGACUUUGUGUUCGGGGAGGACUUCCAGCCCUGGCUGAUUGAGAUCAACGCCAGCCCCACCAUGGCGCCCUCCACGGCAGUCACAGCCCGGCUCUGUGCUGGCGUGCAAGCUGACACCCUGCGCGUGGUCAUUGACCGGCGGCUGGACCGCAACUGUGACACAGGAGCCUUUGAGCUCAUCUAUAAGCAGCCUGCUGUGGAGGUGCCCCAAUAUGUGGGCAUCCGGCUCCUGGUAGAGGGCUCCACCAUCAAGAAGCCCAUGGCGAUGUGUCAUCGGCGGAUGGGGGUCCGCCCAGCAGUCCCUCUGCUGACCCAGCGAGGCUCUGGGGAAGGCAAGGACUCGGGCACCCCUACCCACAGGUCAGCUUCUAGGAAAGGUGCUGGGGCCAGGAGCCUGGGGCACAGUGAGAAGCCAGUCUCCACUGCCACCACUUCAGCCCCCGGAAAGGGGAAGAAAGGCAAGGCGAAAAGUGCCACAGCCCUGGUCUGUCCCAAUCUCCCGGAGUGGGACGCCCCCAGCACCAGGAUAGGCUGCAUUUUCACCAUGACCUUUUCUAGUGGGGACAGGCAACCCCACCACUUGAACAGAUUGCCGUUGAGUCCGAAGAACCCCCAGGCCCUGGCCCCUCACCACUUCCCCAGCCUCCACACCAAGGCCCAGCUGCCUUCUCCCCAUGUACUCCGACACCAGGGCCAGGUCCUCAGACGACAGCACAGCAAGCUGGUGGGCACUAAGGCCCUGUCGACCACAGGCAAGGCCUUGAUGACUCUACCCACGGCCAAGGUCUUCAUUUCCCUCCCACCUAACCUUGAUUUCAAGGUGGCACCCAGCAUCCUGAAGCCAAGAAAGGCUUCUGCUCUCUUGUGCCUCCGAGGCCGCCAGCUGGAAGUGCCUUGUUGCCUCUGCCCUUUGAAGUCGGAACAAUUCCUAGCACCCGUAGGAAGGUCAAGGCCAAAGGCAAGUUCAAGGCCAAACUGCAACAAACCCAGGGCUGAGGCAUGCCCCAUGAAGAGGUUAAGCCCCCUGAAACCCCUGCCCCUGCCCCAUGUUGGUACAUUCCAGAGGCACAGGGGCCUGGGUAUGAAGCUAGGAAAGCCCCUGCUUCGAUUCCCCACUGCCCUUGUCCUGGAUCCAACACCAAAUAAAAAGAAACAAGUGAAGUAUUUGGGGCUUGGCUCCAUUGCUGUUGGAGGGUCAAGAGUGGGUGGGGUGAGGCUGUGUACCCCAGGGUCCACAGCAAGAGCCUGAGGCCGUCAGCAGCUCCGCCAUGCAGCGAAGCCCAGAAUUCCCACCUAAGGACAGACAUGGGGCUUCCUAUUUAGGGACUCCCCCAGCAUCUCCGAUCCAGAGGUGGGGAGCGUGAGCCUUCACUUUACAGAUGAAGAAACUGGGUCUGAAACAGGAGGCAUGGCUUGCCCAAGAUCACGUGGCAGUGAGUAGACUCAGGGACGUAUUGCCAGAACUGCCGACCACGGAGAGCCCCCAACACCAGAGAACAAGCCAGGCUGGCAGAUGACACCUAAUGGGCAUAGGAAUGUUAAUGUCAUGAGACGGGAAAGAGUUGACCUUGCCUAAACCUCAGCCCUUCUGCAGAGGGAGUGGGUCUAUCCCUUCUUCAGCAAGGGGCCAAGGUCACCUAAAAAUGAAAUAUCCAAUAAGCCACACCUACCUGAAGAAAAGUGUGGCACUGCUUAGUUGUAGUGGGUUGAACUGUGGUCCCCUGAAAAGAGAUGUCUACCUGGACCCUGUGAAUGUGACCUUAUGUAGGAAAAGAGUCUUUGUAGCUGGGUAUGGUCGCUCAUGCCUGUUAUCCCAGCACUUUGAGAGGGCAAGGCAGGUGAUCACUUGAGCCCACAAGUUCAAGACCAGUCUGGGCAACAUGGUGAAACCGUUUCUACAGAAAACUAGCUGGGUGUGGUGGCACGAACCUGUAGUCCCAGCUACUCGGGGGGCUAGGUGGGAGGAUUACCUGAGCCCGGGAAGAUCAAAACUGUAGUGACCUGUGAUCAUGCCACUGCACUCUGAGCCUGGGAAACAGAGUGAAACCCUCUAUCAAAAAAAAAAAAAAAGGUCUUUGCAGAUGUAAAUAAGUUUAAGAUCUUAAAUGAGAUAAUCCCAAUGACCAGUGUGGUACCUACAUUCAAUGACAAGUGUCUUCAUAAGAAAUGAUAAA